AUGAAUAAUACUGAUCCAUCGCCCAGUAUUCUUCCUCUAGCGGCUCCUGUAAUAUCUCCCAAUAAGAUGGCUGAGGAUGCUACAGAGAGUGAGAAUGGUGCCAUUCUCAAAAAGAUGGUAUACCAAUUUUUUUUGAAGGCUUCCUCGCUACUUGAGAACAACAGAGUCUCAAAGUUGGAGAAUACUUUACAGAAUGAGGCUCAAAAGCUCAAUAAUUGGUUCAAUAUUUCUACUGACACCUCCAGUAUUCCUUAUGAUCAAAUUAAGCCUUGGAAGCAAUCAACUAUAGAAGCAUCGAAGUCCAGCAUCCCACCACUUAUAAUAGAGACUUAUUUGGAUUUGCGUGAUAUCCAUCCAAAGCAAAAGGUGUACCUUAAUGACAAAGAUGCUAACCCAUGGUUUGUAACUAAGGGAAAGAAGAAGACAGAGGUGGUUUUAGAGAGAUGGCUAUUUGAAUUCGAAGCUGAUCAAGCCAGCGCAGAACAAAAUGGCGACUACAAAGAUGAAGACACAUUAAAUGAAGAAUUGAGUUCAAUUUACAAAAAAUGUAUUGUUUUUUUCAGAAACUUAUUUACUUGCGUGAAUUUACUCCCAGCCACCGAUUUAAGGAAGGCUAUUGGGAUAUAUAACGCCUCUGAACAGCAAUUCCAUGAAGAAAUCCCAACUCCACAGGAGCCUGGUCAGUGCUACCAAAACUUAAAAGUCAAUAUUAGGUUGCUUAACGGCCUUAAUCCUAUCUCAUCUCGUGGUAGGGUAGGGUUAAGCAAAGAAUUGAUUUCUACUUAUGCUAAUAUUAGCAAUGACAAUGAUGACACCAAUGCCAAUAUUGCUGUUGAAAGCUUCGAUUCCAUUAAAACUCCCAGAGGAAUUUUAAAAGGAUCGGUGCAGUAUCGGAAGGACACUAACUUUUUCUUGAAUAAAAGAAUUGACCCGGAUUUGAAAUCCCAGGAACAGGUUUCACCAGAUCAACCAUUACCAACACCAAAGACGACUUUGGAUCAUGAAGCCACCACUAAUAACAAUAGCAUUCAGCAGCAACAAAAGAGGGUAUCGAUUUUGAGCAAUCAACUGUAUUCUCCAUCGAUUGGAGAGCCCCCAGAGUAUCAACCAAAGCAAGUCUCUCCUAACCCUAGUGGCGGUGAUGAUUUGACCAAAAAACUACAAGCUAAAGCGAUCCCCAUCAUUAACCGAUCGAGUUCCAAUGUUUCUUUGGCUGCCUUGUUACGCAGUGCCAAAAGUGUUAAUCAGACUGGUGGAGUAUAUGGUAUUGGAUCAUAUAGUGGAGCCGCAGGUGGCGCAAUUACUGGCGGCGCGGCAAUGUCGAUUCCAAAAUCGUUCACUUCGUCGUACGGAGGCUCAUUAAUUUCUAAUAAUAAUAACAACAUAAUGAACAUUAAUCAACCAAGUGUUAGUGAUUUUCAGGUUGGCUCGGCAGGAAAGUAUUCUUCAUCUUUCAGUUCCAGACAUCAGUUGCCCACUGGAACCAGUGUGGGAGCAAAUGCUGCAGGCAGUGCUCUGGGAGUGGUUGCUGGGACAAACCAGCAACAGAGAAAGAGUUUAUUGCUCGGAAAUGUCCACUAUGGGGGCAAUCUCUCAAGGAACCCAAGUUUGGAUAGUUCCCGCAGACGAGAUAGCGAAGUAACUGAUGGUGGACAAAAACUGCAAAAACAACCGCCAGGAUUCCAAAGUAAUUUGUUUGCUGAUGAUGAUAUCACUGACUUCAUUAAGUCAGUGGAUAAUAAAGCAGACUUGAAGGUUGGAGGAACCCCCACUGCUGCUGAUUUUGAUGAAGGUAAGUUUGGGCUGGGUGCAAAGAAUUCCAACUUGAAUGAUUAUUUGGUCAAAUUCAAGUCAAUGAGAACUGCAAAUAACCUAUUAAGUGAGAGUUUGGAAAACAGCGCUCUUAUUAAUAACUCUCCGCAACCAUCUUACGGAUUGAAAAAUACUUUCAGAAGUAGCAGAGGUAGCGGUAGUGGAGGGGAUCUUGGUAUUCCACAAUCUACUUACAGCGGUUCGAGUUAUCAUUCGGUAGCGAUGAAUAAAGGAGGAAGUUAUUCUAGUAAUAUCAGUUAUUCGAGAAAUGCUGGAGUACCAGUCACCGGUAAUUAUCCUCUGGGAAACUCUGGCAUUCAUAGAUAUUCAUUCACCUCUCCAGGAAAUUCGCCACAUGUCGGCAAUACAGAUUAUACUCCACUAGUUCCUUCAAGAUUAUCAGGGACUUUUAUGGCCAGCGGUGAAACAAAUGUUGCCAAUGAACCUAUAUCCGUAUCUCCUUCAGGUAAUGAUAUUUCCAGACACCCAUCUUCAUACAAUCCUUCAAUUCAUCAACAAUCAUACCAACGACAAAAUAUCACUGGCGGUGUCGGAAUGUACCGUAACAACUCUAGCUCGAAUAGUAAUGGCUUCGCUCAUUCUUUGCAAUCACAGCAUCGUCGUCAAGGAAGUGGAACCAAUUUAUAUUCGUAUGAGGGAGCAGGGGCUAACAAUUUCUCAGGAUAUGGUAUCCAAGACGCUUAUUUGAAUGAGGCGCUAAACCCUGGAUCACUAAAUAUUGAUAUCUCCAAAGAUCAAAACAGUAACACAACAAACAAUAAUUAUUAUAGAUUUAAUGGAAGCAAUUCCAGAUUUCCAGCUUCUGCCGGUGGAAAUUAUAUCAAUUACCAAAACAGUAAUGAUAGCAAUGCUUAUGGAUACAACAUGAAUACCAAUCCAUAUGACAUUGGAUCAGCACCAUUGCCAAUAAUGAUUGGAAAUGGGCUCAAUAGCGGCAACAUGAGCCGUGGUGAUACCGCACCAAUGAACUCCAAUUCGAAUUUAUAUGGUGGUACAAACAAUCAAUACAAUGUUGAUAAAAAUUAUCAUGGGAAUACCGGUCCUGGAGGGGCGAUGUCCUACAAUGAUGGUGGAAUCCAAUAUUAUGCUACAGAAAUGGAUUAUCAUCACAAUAAAACUACUACCAAUGACUAUGGAAACAACAACCACAAUAAUAAUAAUAAUAAUAACCAUGUGGUUGGAUUAGGAACCAGGUCCGAUGGUACCUCCUCCCCAAUGAUUGAUCAAAGACAAUUGAUUGCUAAUCGUUAUAAUCCUUCUCGAAAAAGCCAGAGAUAUUAUCAGAAAUCCCAUCAACGCCAUGGUAUAUCUUCUUUGUUAGGUAAAACUAUUGAUGGUCCUGGAUCGAUGGGGAUUAAAUUGCCAUCGUUACAAAGCUCCAGUCCUUCCAUGGCCAUAAUUACCACCACCAAUGCGUACGCUAAAAUGAAUAGUGUCACUGAUGCCGGAAACAAUGAUGAAGUGGCUGAGCUAACCGGUAGAGCAAAUGUUAUUGCUGAAGAUUUCUCUAGAGAAGAUCAUGAAGAGGUGUUAGAAGAUGAUGAUGGCCCGCACCCAGAAGAAGAAUAUAUGGAGAACAUUGGAUGUGAUGAAGAUGAGAUUGUGUUCGAUAUUUGA